ACAUGACACAUUCGCCCUAUGUUGUUUGUAAUGUCAGAAGCGGUUGCGUCUUUUUCUUGUUCCUUCUAUGAUAAUAUUUCAGCUCUAGUGUCUUCAAACAUUGCGUGAAAAAUUUAAGAUUCAUUUAUGACGAACCUGGAAACUGGGAAUUGGAACGAUGGAUGACAAAGAAGAGCUUCAUCUAACCUCACAAGAGCUGCAAGUGUUGUCAGAGCUUGACAGCCGCCAGUUUGGAUUUUUAAAAUUACGAGGAAAUGAACAUGGGAGAACUCGAUCUCUUGUUCUCAAGGCUGUCAAAUAUUUGGAGGGAAUGUUGGUACAAGUUAAGGAAGAGGAAAGAGCAUGUUCACCAGGUGCCAGAAGAGAUAUUUGUAUAGAUCCAAAAACAUAUUGUAAGUUGGGACAUUUCCAUCUCCUUCUUGAAGACUAUGCAAAAGCUAUGUCAGCUUAUCAGAAGUUUUAUGCUUUGGAACAAGACAACUGGAAGGAUCCCUUGUUUCUAUAUGGACUAGGGCUCUGUUACUACCAUUAUAAUGCAUUUGAUUGGGCCACGAAGGCGCUUCAAAUGGCGUUGUACGUGUCGCCGGGGUUUACGCGAGCGGCGGAUGCGCAUCUGCGGCUGGCCCUCAUGUUCAAGGCGCGGAGGCACUGGGGCGCCGCUGCCAUACACUUCCGAAGAGCCAAGCUCGCCCCACACCAGGACGCCACAUUCACCAGGUUGGAAAUGAGCUUCCACGCUGCGCAUUUGCUGGAGGCCAGAGGGCUCAAGAAGGCGGCUAGGGACGCCUACCAACGACUGCUGAAAGAGCCACACCUUACGACUAGUCUGAAGGCGGACGUCUGUCGACAGUUAGGGUGGUUGUACCAUCGGUGCGCGUCAUUGGAAGAGGCUGCAGCAAGAGGCCGUGCGGCAGUAUGGUGCCUUCAGCGAGCUGUUGUAGCGGAACCCGAAUCUGGUGCUGGACUUUACCUUCUAGGGCGAUGUUUUGCUGCCCAAGGGAAAGUUCACGAUGCAUUCAUUGCCUACCGCAACUCUGUUGAAAAGUCUGAAGGCAACGCGGACACGUGGUGCUCCAUUGGGGUGCUAUACCAGCAACAGAACCAGCCAAUGGACGCGCUUCAAGCGUACAUUUGCGCCGUACAACUGGAUAAAGGGCACUCAGCUGCAUGGACGAACCUUGGGAGUCUGUACGAAAGCUGUCAAAUGCCCCGUGAUGCCUUCGCCUGCUAUACUAAUGGUGGGACGGCCGCUACAGCCUCCAGUGCUGCACUAAGACAUCGUCUUGCAGCAUUAAGAGCUCACCUCGCGCACGCGCCUAUGCCUUCUGUCACUGGCAAACGUCGUCCCCUGCCAUCUAUAGAGGAAGCAUGGAAUCUUCCAAUAUCGGCUGAAAUGUCAUCUCGUGCACCUAAAUCCGCUCCACCCCCGUACCCUGGAAAGCGUAGCAGCAGCGGAGGCGCCAGCGCAAUUGAAGAGGCGCCGCCACUCACCGCGCAUCAGCUGCAAACGCUUCAACACCUGCAGAGGAACUCGCAUAAUCUGUCUCCGCACCAACAAGCUAUGAUGCAACAGUUAUUAUCUCAGUACCGGUUAUCGCAAGCGGCGAGGGCGCGGACGGUUGCGAAAAGUGAGACGAGCGGUAGCAGCGACAACGCGGAGUCGCUGGCCGAAGAUUUGUUGAAGAAGUUUGCGGACACACAGCCAGAUGUCAAGAAGGAGACUAUCACAGAAGGCGUAACCGGCGAGGCAGUUCUUGGUGGACGGCAGGCCGUCGUGAAGUUGGAGCCACUCAAGACAGACCCCCUUAAGCCACUCAGUUUUAACAUGAAUAUGACUUCCAAGCAGAUACUUGACGCUUGCAAGGAUAAUGCGGGUCCUGCGUCUUCCUGGUCCGUGCUGGGCGACGGCUGCGCCCCUCCGGAGCCUCCCCCCGUGCCCCCUCCGCGUCUUAGCCCCGAACAACUGGCACCGCCCGCUCCUUUCGUUUACGUGGAGUCGAAGAGAGACGCUUUCUCGCCGCAGCUACAAGACUUCUGCUUGAAGCAUCCGAUAGCCGUGGUGCGCGGUCUCACGGCCGCGUUGAAGCUCGACCUCGGCCUCUUCUCGACCAAGACUCUGGUCGAGGCCUGGCCCGAUCACGCCGUAGAGGUGCGAACUCAGCUUAUGCAGUCCGCCGACGAGAACUGGGACCCCAGCGGAAGGCGACGCGUGUGGGCUUGUGCCUCGCACCGUUCACACACCACCGUGCGGAAAUACGCGCAGUACCAGGCCGGGUCCUUCCAAGACUCGCUCCGAGAGGAGCGCGAACGCGGGGGCGGGCCCCUCGCCGCCGGGGCCCUUUCGGACUCCGACGGCCGCGAGUCUGGACCCGUGAAGAGGCGCCGAGGGGCGCGCAUGCUCCGGUUCGGGACCAACGUCGACCUCUCCGACGAGCGCAAGUGGCGGCCCCAGCUGGCCGAGCUGCAGAAGCUGCCGGCUUUCGCGCGCGUCACCUCAGCCGCCAACAUGCUGUCGCACGUCGGACACGUGAUCCUCGGCAUGAACACGGUGCAGCUGUACAUGAAGGUGCCCGGCUCGCGAACGCCCGGCCACCAGGAGAACAACAACUUCUGCUCGAUCAACAUCAACAUCGGGCCCGGCGACUGCGAGUGGUUCGGCGUGCCCGACGCGUACUGGGGCGGCGUCAAGGAGCUGUGCGACCGCCACGGGCUGUCCUACCUGCACGGCUCGUGGUGGCCGGACCCCGAGGAGCUGCGUGCGCACGGCGUCCCCGUGUACCGCUUCACGCAGAGGCCCGGCGACCUCGUGUGGGUGAACGCGGGCUGCGUGCACUGGGUGCAGGCCACCGGCUGGUGCAACAACAUCGCCUGGAACGUCGGCCCUUUGACGGCGCGUCAGUACGCGUUGGCGCUCGAGCGCUACGAAUGGAACAAGGUGCAGAGCUUCAAGUCGAUCGUUCCCAUGGUGCACCUGACGUGGAACCUGGCGCGCAACAUCCGCGUGUCCGACCCGCGCCUGCACCGCGCGAUGCGCACCUGCCUCAUGCAGACGCUCCGGGCGGCGGCCGGCACUCUGGGCGCCGUCCGGGCGCGCGCGGUGCCCGUGCGAUUCCACGGCCGGGCGAGGGGCGAAGCCUCGCACUAUUGCGGCGCCUGCGAACGCGAGGUCUGGCACGCGCUGCUCGUGCGCGAGCACGAAAAGAGGCACGUGGUGCACUGCCUGCCGUGCGCGCGUCGGGCGAGUCCCGCUCUGCAGGGUUUCCUGUGCCUCGAGGAGCACCACAUGGAGGAGCUGCUGCAGGUGUACGACGCUUUCACGCUGCACCGUCCUCCGCCGCCCAACUCGCACGCGGCGCUGCCCGCGCUGCCCGCUCUGCCGGCGACGCCCGACUGAGCGUUCCGCCCUUCGGCUCGCUGAACGUCGACGUACCUGUAUUUAUUCUGUGUGAGAGUGUACGAUGUCGCUACGGAUCCCUAUUUUUAGUUUUGGAUUUUCUACGGCCGACGGUUUUCGGUUUCCGAUUAGGAACACGCUAGUUGAAUCCCCCGUCGAUACGUAAACGGAAAUCGACCAAUUUAAGAUAAGCUAAGUACGAGUAGCGCGAUCUAUUUUUUAAUACGCGACGCGUGGUUAUAGAAAUUGUUCGAAAUCGAUAUUUUGGUGACGAAGUAAUUUUGUACCUAGACUUAGGUAGUUUUACAUUUUACACGCUCCUCGAUGACUUUUGUGAUUGUGCGAGAUAUUUAUAAAAAAGUCAAUUCACCGGCGAACGCGUCGGUUCGGUAUCGUAUAAGUCUUCGGCGGCUUCGGAACGAGGCGAGAGUUCGCUUCCGCGCUCGGAGCUCCGCCCGCAAUGGUCUCAUGUGCUCAGGUGUUCACCACGUAAGUGUAUUUUAUUUGUAUAGAUGCAUAUUAUUUAUUUUAAACGUUUUAUUUCACUCGAGUAGAAUAGGCCGCGUAGCGAAUACUAGCGAGAGCGACGCACGGAGGCUCUGCGUUUUAGGAGGGUCUGGUGAAAAGUGCUGUCGAGUCCCAAAGAAUGUUUAUACUCGCGAAAUUCGGGAAUGUCGCACUUCUAUUAGUUGAUUUGACCGUCUCCAGUGCGGACAGGAAGUGAAGGACGGGAGGUCGGUCCGCGCCUCUGCCCAAUCGAGCGAGGCCGGACCGACUUUCACAUACACACCGGUAUCUCAAGCGUGGGGCGUGGGGCGGUUGCAUGCAAAAUUGUAAAGUGUUACGCAUUUAAAAUGCUGUGUUCACCAGCCCUUGCUACCGUCGUGUUGAUCGGUUUAUAGUAAAAUUUGGAUUGGAAUGUAAAGAAUUAGUGUUAAUUGUAUUUGGCUCGGUGUUAGGCAAAUUAGGAAAUGGACGAAUUUUGGUAUAAGAUUUUGUAAUACUAAAGUAAAUGCUAAGCGUUUAUCUCAUCCGAGAAGUGUAUAUAUUAAACCGACCAGCUGGUUGCAAAUGAAUUCUCAAAUUUUAUACCAAAUUCGUUUCGCACUCGACACGGUUCGUUAGUUCUUACGAAGUUUUAUCUAUGUUAGUGAGAUGUGACGGUUGUAUUUCACGUGUCGAGAUGCGAAAAGGUCUGAUGCUUAUUAUAAAACAUUAGUAACAGGUUUUAGCUGUAAUAUCUAUUAAGUUAUUUAAUGUUUUAUAAUAAGUCGUGCGGCACAAAAGUGCAAAGAUUGAUCUGUACAGCGAAUACCGAUAUUUAUAGAUUAUUGUAACAUCACUGCCAUGUAAUGACCUUACUGUUUAUACUGUAAUAUUAAAUUUUUAUUAAACAUGUAAUAUGGAAAAA